AUGGGAACAAUUUCAUGUGAAGUGGUCGGAGGUAAGAGGAGGAGCGGGAGUGUUUUCACUAUGGUCUGCUCCGGCCCCUUCGGCAAUGAAAGCUGCAGUUCUGCUGAUGUCCUUGUCGGGUUGGACGCAGCUGUAAAGGACGGCGUUGACAUCCUCUCUAUCUCACUCGGCGGCGAUUCCAUACCGCUGGACCAGGAUCCCAUUGCCAUCGGUUCGUUCGCGGCAGCCAGUAAGGGGAUCUUCGUCAGUGCCUGUGCCGGAAACUUUGGACCUAACAACUUCACCCUCAACAAUGAGGCGCCGUGGAUGCUCACCGUGGCAGCUAGCAGUGUUGAUCGAAGCUUCAGGGUCUCCGUGAAGCUUCCCAGUGGGAAAGUGAUCCCCGGAGAGUCUCUUGACCAGCCUAGCAACUUUCCUAAAAGCUCUCUUCCCCUAUACUACUCCACUGAGUCGCCGACCUGCGACAUGGAUCCUCUCGAUGAUAGCCACAGGGGCAGCAUCUGGGUUUACGAGGCCGGCGGUAGGCAUAAUGUGGUGGCAUUCGCCAAGUCCCACGGUGCCAAGGCGUUGAUUUUCAUUUUCCCGAAGAAAGUGGGUGCCACCAUCAUACUGACCAAGAUGGACUUUCCCGGAGUAGUGCUCGCCAACAAAGAAGGCUCCGAUCUCAUAUCGUAUUUGAUCUCUGCUUCUGACCCCUCCACAUCGAUUGUCUUUAACGGGACGGUUCUUGGCGUAUCCUCUGCCCCCGCCGUGGCUUGGUUCUCCUCCCGAGGGCCGUCUCAAGCAACGUCGGGAAUCCUCAAGCCAGACAUCUCCGGCCCUGGCCUUAACAUCUUGGCGGCCUGGAUUCCUUCCGAUGACACUCCUGAGUACAAAAUCCAAUCCGGCACGUCCAUGGCGGCGCCUCACCUCAGUGGUGUCGCCGCGCUCUUAAAGGCUGUGCAUCCUACUUGGUCUCCGGCAAGUAUCAGGUCGGCAAUCAUGACCACGGCAGACGCCGAUGUCUCUGACGAGUUACUUGAGUCGGCGCUCUAUUUCGCCAAGGGCGCAGGACACGUCAACCCUAGCAAAGCUGCUGAUCCCGGACUUAUUUACGACAUCACCGAUGAUGACUAUGUCUCCUAUAUCUGCGGCAAAUUCGGUGAAGAAGGUGCAAGAAAUAUAGCACGUAGAGUUGUGAACUGCUCGAAGAGCAUGAUGGAAGAGGAGCUUAACUACCCGUCAAUUCUACUAGCCCCUAAAGGCGGGGCGGCGGCCAAAGUGACUCGGAUUGUCACGAAUGUUGGACUGGCAAGAUCGAGCUACACAGUGUCGGUGACCAUAUCAAAGACUGUCGUGUCGGCUACUGUCACCCCUCAUAUGCUAACGUUCAACGAACUGAACGAGCAGAAGUCGUUCACAGUGAGCGCGGAAUGGAGCGCUGGUGGACCUCCCACUUCCGGCAAUCAAUUUGUAGAGGGAAAGUUGACUUGGACUUCUAAUGAUGGUAAAUAUGUGGUGACCAGCCCAUUUGUCAUCUCUGCCUUGUAA